CAAGUUUUACAACAGGGUCGUGGGUACCACGCAAGGUCGUUGAAAACGAUCGCUCGAAAUCCCUCCCCUCUCGUCGUCUUAGUCAUUACUGCUACAGCAGCAUUUUUGAAAUCAGACUAGAAUUUGUGUAUGUUCGCACUGAUGACUUUUGCGAGAACUAGAUUUCAACGUGUGAAGAAAAUUUGAGAUCUGUCUGUUUUUCCACCGCGCGAAGCACCUCCUCCUUUCUUUAGGAUUCUCUUCGAUCUGAGCCCACAGCUGCACUGAUUAUUCCGGUGCUGUAGCUGUUCGUAUUUUUUAGAGCAGCCGACCAUCUUCGUUGAGUCCUUUGGCUUUGUUGUGGAUUUUUUUGAACCACUUUACCUUUUUUCUACACUAAACCAAGUUUCUCUUUCUGAUUUUAGAAAAUGACAACGGGCGAACUAACGAACGUUUUUGUUCUGCCCUUGCGUGAGCAGGUCGUUUUUCCGCAUCAGCGCUUCGGAAUCAGCUUGGGCAAGGCAAUCUUCGAGCGGGUCUACCAGCACUGCCAGGAGCACCGGACCCAACAGGUUGGCUUGGUCUGCAUCGCCUCCAAAAAACACGCGGCGAGCGGCAAUUUAGGGUCGGCAUCCAACUCCAGCGGAGAAACUCUGCCGUAUUCUACAAACACUGCGGGACCGAAGAAAGCAGGUACUUAGAAAUUGAUUCAGUGCUAGAGAUCUGUGACCUUUAUUUGAAGAUGUUAUUUUUGGUGAAGAAAUGUCUUCUCAAAUGCCCCGCCACUGCAAAGACGAAAAAGUCGAUUCUCAAAGGGACAUGAAAUAUUUCAUCACAAACAGUUGGCGUCACGGUCGGGACUGCAGAUCCCAGCAGCAAGGACCUCCCCAGCAAGACUGAUGGAGAUAAUAGCAAUGCCUUCGGGAAGUUCGAGUUGUACAAUGUCGGGACGCUGUGCGAGUUGCAGAGCCACGGCCGCGGCACCAGCGGCACCACGGUGUCGGUACAAGCCAAGAGCAGAAUGGAAAUCAAAAGCCUCCGGAUGUACGAUUACUACGGCAUCGCAACCGUGAGGUUGCUGGACGAUCCCCCGCCAGCGGUGCUCCGGAGCGACAAGGAUAUCAGAACGCAGGUGGAAUUGCUGCACGAUAUCCUAUGUAAAAACAUCCCCACCCCAGAGUUGUCAUGCAGAUUUGCAAGCGCAAGAGCAUUUGUAAUGCGCAUCCCCAUGGGAGGCAUUUUUCAUCGUGUUUUGGAACUUGUAAUGCUGCAAACAGGAUAAGGAGAUGGAUUUGUUAUGCGGCUUCCCUUGCUAAGCUGCACUACAGUACAGCCUGCAACUUGUCAUGCGUGACCCCCAAAACUUCAAGGUUUGUGUUGCAAAGUCCCCAUCUUGACUCUGGGGUGGGGACGUUUUUACACGGGAUACACGAGGUGGUAAAGCAGUUUUCCGAAUCCGCUUCCGGGGAAAAGCGACGGGGAAUUCUGUCCCUGGGGGACAUCCUGCGGUCUCUUUUGUCGGAUGAAAGGUAAAAUGAGAAAAAAUUUCCCCGCGUAGUGGUAGACUUAUCCAGUGUGACGGAAUUAUGAAGAGGCAUGCAAUUUUAGUCCAUGUGUCAGUGUACCAGACGUUGUAACAAUGAUGCAAGAUGAACAGAAAUCAUUGUAUGUGUGUUCUACCGAAUGCAAGAACUCUGUUCGCAGGUUUCCUUCCCAGCUGCGGUCUCAAUUCGAGAACAACCUGCGUUCGUCGAAACGCGAGCGAUUCGCCGAAGAUUUGGAGAACAGUCCGCUGGGGGACCAGGGUCAGCUGACCGACGAUACCGGUUCGUACGACGGAUACUCCCCCGGGCUGCUGGCCGACAUGAUCGCAGCGCAUCCGCACUACCGCUUUUCGGUGUUCGAACAGCAAACCGUGCUUUCGGAGUUCGACGUGAAGCAGCGAUUGGAAAAGGUGAUCCGCGCUCUGCAGCGCUUGGCCAAGGCACAGAAAAUCUCGCAGGAGAUUUCCAGCAGCAUGCAAACCCGCAGCGAAUCGGAGAUGAAGGAGGCCAUUCUCCGCAAGCAGAUCCGCGACUUGCGGAAGGAACUGAAGGUCGUGGGGAAGAAGAAAAACAAGAAAGCCGGCGAGAACGAAAACGCGAAUUCCGACGAAGACGAGGACAGCGAGGAGGACGAGCUGCAGGCCAUGCGGGACAAGGUGGGCCGCGCGCACAUGAGCAAGGCGGCGGAAAAGAUCGCGGGCCGGGAGCUGAAGCGGUUGAGUAACAUGCAGAGUCACCACCCGGAAUACACGGUGAGCAGGACCUACUUGGACCUCCUCUGCACGCUGCCCUGGAAUCGCUCGUCCGACGAUGCCGUUUUGCAGUUGAACUCCGCAGCCGCUAUUCUUGACGAAGACCAUUAUGGCUUGGAGAAAGUGAAAAAGCGCGUGCUGGAGUUCCUCGCGGUGCGGAAAUUGCGCUCCUCGGUAUUCAGCACAAGCGUAAACGUUGUCACGAAUGGCGGAGACGAGGGUAGUGGUCCACCAGGCGCAAACGACGCCACUGUGACAGACGCUACAAAUAACGGAAUUAGUACAAAUAGUGGAUCACCUGCAGACGAGGGGUCCGCGACGGUUGUGGAGGACCAACAGAACGGUACGGACGUAAACAACCCCGACGCACGUCCUAAAAAUACGCCUCCACAUCAUCUCCCCGUUGUGAAGCGCAUCAUCCAGCCAGGCGACAUGGGAGGCACUAGAAGUAAAUCGCCGAAGGUGGAUAUGCGCGGCCCGAUUCUGUGCCUGCUCGGGCCACCGGGGGUUGGGAAGACCAGUUUAGGUAAGUCCAUCGCGAAGGCCAUGGGCCGGCAGUUCCAGCGCAUCGCGCUCGGCGGGGUGCGGGACGAGGCGGAGUUGCGCGGGCACCGGCGCACGUACAUCGGCAGUAUGCCGGGCGUGAUCAUUCAGGCGCUGCAAACAGCGGGAACGAACAACCCGGUCAUUCUGCUCGACGAAAUCGACAAGCUGGCACACGGGAUGACGAGCAACCCGCAGGGGUGCCUGUUGGAGAUUCUGGACCAGGAACAGAAUUUCGCUUUCAAAGACCACUACCUGAACACGCCGUUCGAUCUUUCGAACGUCUUCUUCAUCUGUACCUGCAACGACCUGAGCACCAUCGACCGGCCGCUGCUCGACCGGAUGGAAAUCUUGGAAUUGUCGGGGUACUCCGUCGAGGAAAAGAUUUUCAUCGCCCAGCGGUAUUUGCUGCCGAAGCAGCGGAAGGUCCACGCGUUGGAGGAGCUGUCGGAUAGUGAAGAGUUAGAAGAGAACGGCCCGGUCGUGGGGGGAAAAGCAGGGUCCGGCGGAAGUCCGGUUACGGCGGAUAGUGGUUUUGGUGAGAACUUGUAUGGACGAGGGGCUUUCAACGCACCAUCCCGGAUUCAGCACGCGGAUAGAAGCACGAGCAGCAGGAACAGCAGAAGGCGGUUUGAAGAUGUUGAAAGAGCAGCUUCACGACACGAGCCGCAGCUCGGGCUGCACCGGCAUGACGACUACUACAACACUUCCGCUUACGAUCUAGACGACGAGGUGUGCGUAAUGGGUCAAAAAGGCUUUUGCGGCUGCAAGAAUUGCACCUGCACGAAGCGGACAAAGACUAGAUUUGGUCCACCUCCGCAGAACAACAAAACUACUCGGAGAAGGAAUGCUGCCGACUCGGAAAUGUAUUGCAGCGACGUGGAAACGACCGCAUCGAGCGGGAGCGAGCGUUUGAAUAGUAGUUCUUUACGUGCAGUCGGAAGAUCGUCGACGGAGGACGAACAGGAGAUCAAUCCGCUCUUCAGCUGCAGCGUCACCUUCGACGGGUUUUCGUCCGCCAACCAGCGACUGCAAGAGACGCAGUUGGUGUCUUUGAAUGCGAUGAAAUAUAGUGACUCACCAACGAUGAGCAAUUCGAAAUUUGAGGGGUCAACAAGGAGUUCGUCCUCCUCCUCCGCCACGAUUCCGUUCAACAAGAAUGAUAAGCCAUUUACCGGGCCGAAAAACGUGAAACCCCCAGUCAAGACCCAAGUUCCUCCAUCAUCAGAAGUCACACAAGUGGUCGCGACGUCCAUUCCGCCCUCCGGGAAGGCCGCCAAGCGGCCGCCGCGACUGGAAGUCACGCGAGCUGCCCUGGUGAAGCUGAUCACGAAAUACACCGCGGAAUCCGGGGUGCGCUCCCUGGAACGCCGCAUCGCGGAGAUCUGCCGCUGGGUUGCCUACGAAAUCGUCGAAAAGGAGGGGAAAAACGGGGUGAAGGUGCAGGACGUGUACACAAUCAACCCGGCGGAUUUGUUCAAAAUCUGCGGGAUCGAGGUUAGUAAGCACGAAGAUUUCCUCCAGGACACACUAACACCGGGCGUCGCCGUCGGUCUGGCCGUCACGCACUACGGCGGCGAGUUGCUUUUCGUCGAGGCGGCGAAGGUGAAGGGGAACGGGAACUUGACCAUAACGGGCAGACUCGGCGACGUGAUGAAAGAGUCGGUCAGAACUGCGUUAUCGCUUUUGCGACCCUACAUUCCCGCGCCCUUCCAGCAACACGACUUACACGUGCACUUCCCAGCGGGGGCCGUUCCGAAGGACGGACCGAGCGCGGGGGUGGCAACGACGUUGGCGUUGGCCUCGCUGUUUCUGGAAAAGCCCUGCAGAAAUGACACUGCGGUCACCGGGGAGAUCACGCUUCGGGGGCAGGUAUUUAUCGGCUGUUGUGAAUUUGAUGGGUAGUUCAUCUGUCGAUGACAGUCUAGCGUCUUUAAUUAGGUGAUCGCUUUUUAUAUCAAGCGCGAACAAAGUUUUUCCCAAUCAUUUGGCUCCUUUCAUUUCAUUUGGUGGCACGUAGUUUAUCAUCCGACAAAACGCACAGGUCCUUCCCGUGGGCGGCAUCAAGGAAAAGAUCCUGGCGGCGAACAGAUCGCCUGGCAUCAAGUACGUGCUUAUACCAGCAUCGAACGAGGCAAAUGUCGAGCAGGACCUGGGCGGCCAACUGAACAAUGUCAACCUGCGCAUCGUCUACAUUCGAACGAUUCGCGAGGCCCUGAUUCAUUCGUUCGGGGUCGAUAACUCCCUGCUACCAACCGCGGUUGAGACGCUCUCGACGGCUCCUGCGAAGUUGUGAGGAACAGAACGACUCCUGUGCUUCUAACACAAUCGCAAAAUGCGCCGCCGCUACUUACACUAACACUGAAAUUAAGUUUAUAUACGUUUUUUGUUGAAGUAAAAUUUUGAGACUUAUGCCCACACCCGACCGAAACCGUGUGAAGCCCAUUUCAGGUACGAGCUACGUUUUGUUUCCUGGGGAAAUUUUCAAUAGCUCGAACACCCCGCAAUGAAUUUGUAUCUCGAGAAGUCCUGCACUACUUUUUUCCGGUGCCUCUCGUUCGAAGAGAAACUGUCCCAAUCAUUUGUUGCUGCGAUUCAUUCACAAUUUUCAAGCAUAGAUAGGAACGAAAAACCCAAAUUUUAAAACACAUAUUGGGAACCAGUUCUUCGCUACUUUUCCAUGUUGAUUCGGUAAUAAGUUUAACCAAGCGAACUUCGUUUUUCUUUGUUUUCCAAGCGUCAACGUCUACUUUCCAAGCGUCAAUGUCGACACGCUGUCGCGGCGAGUAAAAUUACUCGCACCGUGACAGUUCUUACACGUCGCCUUUUCCAUUAGAAUAGCACUUUAUCCUCGUGUGUAGUAGAAAGUGAAACGCUACUAGAUGCAAAAGCAGACACUCUUUAUCACCCUUGUGAUUGAUUGUGACAGUUUUUGGCAAAAGUUUUUGCAUAGAACGACCAGUGUGAAGAUAAACAAACAUCGAUAGAAGCCUUUUGAUAUUUUGAGCAUUCUUGAGGCACAUCAUGAUUUUCCACGGCACAGAGCAGGAGUGUCUGUGUCGAUUCAUUGGAUACCCCCUGCGUACCAGUCCGAAUGACUGGAGACUUUGGCACACUGAUGGAAAGUUGUUGAGUUCGAGAAGGUCCAGCGCGAAAUGCGAAAGUCCGAAGCGGACUUCGAGUGCCACAGAGGCUCUGCGGAAACCGCGAACCGCAAAUGACCUAAGUACUUUAUACUUCC